AAAUGGAAUAUUUUCAGAUUAGCUAAAUGUCCCCUAAUAGUUGAGAUAAAUGGGGCUGGUUGAGUCAGGACGGAUAUCUACUCGGUUGAGCGCUGUUUCAGUUCUUAUCCUUGUUUUGGUUCAGCAGUUCCUCAGUUUAUUUCCUCAAGUUCUCUCCGCUCUACUUUUCAUCAUGGCGGUGUUUGUCUCGCCCUCAAGACUAGAUCGUAUCAAGAUGUUCUUCUCUCGGCAGGUCGUAGAGGGGGAAAAUCCGCGGAAACUCUUCUCUCUCCCUGUAUAUCUAAAGAAAAACGGAUGUGUGCUCCGGGUGGGUUGUAUAGCACAGGUGGAGAAUACGUCCGAGACGAAUCCUCCUCUUCACUGUAUCAAGGAUAUUCUCAUCUCUCAAGAUUUGAAUCAGAUUUUCUGUUGCUUAGUUCCUGUUCUAUCCGACGAGACAUCAACAAGUACAGUUUUACCGGGUGAGGAGUUGAUGGUUGAGGUUGAGAAUGUAAAGACUGCUUGUGGUAGAGGAAUUGCUCUUGAUCUCUUACAAGAAGGAAUGGAAUUACUUCAGAGAACUAUUGAAACAUAUCCUCUACAUAUACAGAGAAUAGUUCGGAGACAUCAGCUCUGCUCUACAAUUCGGAGAGACGUGCAGAGAUUUCUCUCCGGGUUCUCCAUUGUACACUCCUGGACGGUUGGAGCUGUGGACUGGAGACUGGAUCCAGGGAUCCUAGGUCUCGAGAGAGAAACUGCUUUCUCUGUUGACUUCCAUAUUGAAAAGUUUGAAAACUCCGUUUCUCAUUUGGAUCUUCUGUUUGGAGACUGUUGGGACGUGAGAUGUAUAUCCGGUACCGCCGGAUACAGAGCUAUUAUUACUCUUGAUCUUGGUGUCGAUCAGAACCUAGAAAUCAAGAUAACAGCUCAUGCAGUUCUCUGCUCUGAAACUCUGAACCCUGAGAAACAUAGAAGGCAAACUUUACAAGAACUGCACACGUCCCGUCUUAAUCCAAUGCUAAAAGGAUUGUUAUCUACAGAAAAUACUCUGAACCGUCCUGAAACCAGUUUUCCUCCAGGUACUGCUAGAUCUCUUACUUGGGAAUCCUUCCGAAACUCUGAGGAGAAUACUCUGAGUUCCUCCGAUGGAUCUCCUCAGAGAGGAGGAGCUCUAUACCAGGCUGUAUCCUUGGAUAGUAGUUUUAUCCUACCUAGCUCAUCAGCAGCUGCAGCAUCUCUCCAGGAACUAUUGAGAAAAACCAACCUUAACUCCGAGAACUUCUACUACUACAGUCCUGCGGAGAAGAAGAAGCGUGGAGUAGGACGGAAAACCAAGGGUCCAAACACGUCCACUCCUGCAGAUGAAAUAGAAGGAACUGACUCGGAAGAUUUUCGUGAUACAGACCUAGAGAUAUUAAACUCGGAUAUUCGGGUGUUUGAAGAGAUUACUCCACUGGAAGGGAUCAGAGAUACUCCAAAUACAACAAUCAAUUCAGAUUUCAGUCUUGAAACAAUCAGCCCUGAGAACAGUCAGGAGAUGAAUCUUGAUGUGUCAAACGGUACCCUCGUCACAAACAAUUUUGAUCAGAUGAAUAUAUCUGAACAACUCAUGAAAAAAUCCUCUCCUAUCCAAUCAAACACUCCGGUCAAAUCCGAAAUCCUAAACCCGGUAAUAGAAUCUGCGGCGCAUGCGCACAUCUUGGUGGAAAACAAACAAAGAAAACCGCUCCAACUCAUUACUGAACCUGAAAUGAAACUUUUCGGUCAAUCCGGUCUGGAGAAAGCAGAGUUACCAAGCUCAGAUAAGGAUCUUCCCGGUUUUUCCGGAGACGGCAUCACCACAAUUUCUGAAUCAAAUCUAUCAGAUAUUCUAAACCCCGGAGAAUUUGAGGAUUUAAGUCCUGUCGCUCCAUCCACGCUAGAAAAUGAAACUAAGGUUCUCUCUUCAUUUGGUUUGGAUCAUCCAUUCCUAGUGGAUGAGCCGACAAGUCCUAUAGCUAGAAACGUGUCAGAGAUCAGUGAUGUUGAAAACAAUAAUGAUCUUAGUCUAGAUUUAAAGUUGUCAGAAACUCUAAAAUGUGAUACACCUGGAAGUGUUGGAACCCCGACUCCACCCUCUUUAGCCAGUGCAGCAGACUCCAAGGUUAUUGAGUAUAUCAAUAGUCUCCCGUCUCAUGCUCCUCUGAACGCGUCCUUUACUCCGGAUAAAAAGGAGCUCUCCCUCAACGUCUCAACACGGCAGCAAGCUUCGCCCUCUGGCCUAAAGUCUCCUUUGUUCAACGAGAGUAGGAGAGGACGGAUCAACUCUGAGGACGAAGGCAAUAUCUCCGUCUGCUCCUCUAGAUCCCGUGCCUCUGAUCUAGGAAGUAUGGGGGGAAGGUUCGGACAAGGAACUCUCUCCACGUUCUACGGUGUUGGUAUUCCAACCACCAGUACCUGCCCUUUCCCCGAUGAAUGGCAGUAUAAUACUAUACCAGAGGUUAUUGAGAAUGAUGAUGAGAUUGACUAAGCUUUAUUCCGUUCAGAUCUGUAGUUUUUUCCGUCCUAACAACUGAUAAGUAUUGAUAAUUAUUUUAAGCUGUGAUAUUUUAAAGCCAGGUACCUGACGGUUGAAAUAUAG